AAAUUAAUUAAAUGGCGUCAGAGCAAGAAAAAAGGUCAGAACUCGAUCGGAGGGCAAAGGAAGGAGAAACUGUAGUUCCUGGUGGUACUGGUGGCAAAAGUCUUGAAGCUCAAGAGCACCUUGCUGAGGGGAGGAGCCGAGGAGGGCAGACGAGGAAGGACCAGUUGGGAAGUGAAGGGUACCAGGAAAUGGGACGCAAGGGAGGUCUAAGCACGGGAGACGAGUCUGGUGGUGAGCGUGCUCAACGUGAAGGGAUCGAGAUUGACGAGUCAAAGUAUAAGACCAAGGGUUAA